AUGGCCAGUCUGGAGAUCCCCGAGACCGGGUUGACUCUCCGCCCGGGAGAUCAGCCGGGUGAUGCAGUCGCCAAACCCGUUCAAUUCAUGCGGCUGAAUCUGGCACAACAUACCCUGGAUGAGUUGAUAUCGAGUCUCCGAACGGACGGUGCGGCCGUCAAGGUUCGCAUGGGCAAGCACCCGUCGCUUCACUACGGCAAUAAAUCACAAUCCUUCCAUGCGUAUCCCGAAACCCACCGAUCCGAGAUCUACAAUGCCUCCGACGAUAAGCAGAAUCUCUACUUUGCUGGAAUUUUGAGCCACAGCUUGGAGGUCGAGAAAGCCCGGGAGGAUACCGCCGGGACCGAUCAGGCCCUGGCUAAUCUGGAGCAGAGUCUCAAUGCUUUCAAGGAGGGCAAGGCUUCCAAGUCAACCCAUAUCAUUCAUCCGGCCAAGUUGAAUGCUCUGAAACGAGGCACCCCUAGUCGGCUCUUGAAUAUUGGUCUCAAGUCCAAAGACAUGACCGAGAAAGAUCGGUUGUAUGAGGAGUCCCUCCGGUCGCUCCCACCGAGUCCGUCUUUUGGACCGCCAGGGUCUCCUUUGCCCGGCAUGACGGCAACCUCGGCGCCGUCCUCACAGGCGAAGAACGACGCUCGCCUCCAGGCACUGAGGACCCCGCUGAUUCACCUCCUUGCGAUUCGGCCCGUGUCGACCAAGUUCUUGGCCCGGCAAACUCGAUCCUCCAUCGAGGACUGCACCGCCUUGGUCCAGAAAUAUGGUGCCGAGAACCGCAUCGAUCGAGAAAAGUACGAUCUCAAGGAUAAAUUCUACAAGGAUCUUGACGUGUGGAAUUUUCCGUACCCCAGCCAAGAUGACCGACAGGCUGCCAUUGACAAGGCUAUUUCCGCCUUCGAUCGCAUGCGCCUGUCGCGAUCUGAUCAGCUAUGGCAGGGACUGCUGCCCAAGGAGGAGCGUGGCAAAGGUAAAUGCCUGUCCAGACUCAACCUGCAAAGCGGCUUGGUUGGCAAAAAGCCGGUGACAUCUGGAACGGCCGCGGACGGUGUCGACAAUCGGAAAGAUGCCGAUGCCGCUGGUAGUGGAACAGAUCGCUCAAAGGCUGCUUCUACCUCCGCUGCCACCAAGAAACCGGGACAGGCGACCGCAGCCAAAGCACGCGCGGAGAAGGACUCCACCAAGCGACCGGCCAAAAACAAAAAUGUGAACAGCACCUUGACCGGCCGGAUCACCAAGAAGACGGGCGGAAAAGCCCCCGUCAAGGCUCCUCCCACUGACACGAAGUACAAGUCAGCAGAGUUCGUGCAUGACUCCGAUGUUUCUGACGAUGACGAGAUACCUGAUGCUCCAUCCCCUCCCGCGUCUGCAAAGGAUGCUUCUCCUGCCCCGACCUCGGCACCAGCUGAUCGCUCAUCGAAGCCCGUCAAGACGAAUGGGGCGAAGAAGACAGGGCAGCCGACCCAGUCCCCGGCAAAGAAGGCCACGCAGGCCGUGGCAAAACCCCGUCCCAAGGAACGGCCAUCAGUGGCUUCGGCGCCGAAGCGUCUCAAGGCUGACGCUCCAGGCCCGCAAGUGGACGCUGCGAAAGCCGCGGGCAAGAGGCUUCCUUCCUCACGAUUCUCCACGUCCCCCAGCAAACCCUCGCCCUUGACGUCCCCUCCGACUAGUGUAUCUGACGCAAUUGGUCGGAGUCGCUCCGACAGCCACAACCAGUCCUCGAGCUCCUCGUCCUCUUCCCCGCUUAUCUCUCAACUUGGCCGGUCCAAAGUCCCGGGAGGCGUGCCUGCGCUGGAUACUGCCAAUCGACCGGGUGCUAGUGCUGCCAAGGGAGCCCCUGUUACCGUCAAUCCUCUCAAGCGCAAGGUUGCGCCUGAGAAGUCGACAGCCCCAAAUAACGUUGGUGCUCGAGUCGCGCCCAAUAGCAACGACUCCAAGCGCCGCCGAGCUGUCAGUACUUCGAGUGGCGGUAGCACAGGCAGUGCAUCACCACCAAUGAGCUACAAGGUUGCACAACGCCGGCUGUGGGACAAGUCACAAAGAUUCAAAAGAGCAUACGCGAGAUACCAUUCCUUGCAUGAGUCUCUGGCCUCUCAAUCUAAUCCCUCACCGGACUCCAUUUCCAAGUUGGAGAAAUGGCAUGAGCAGUUGACUCGCAUGAAGAACGAAAUCUGGGAGGAAGACCGAAAGCUUCGCGAUGGCUCCCAUUCGUGA